CCUGCACAUUGGCUCUGUCAUCAGGCUUGGAUAUUGAGGAAGGAUCCACUGCUGCUGCUGCUGCUGCUGCUGCUGCUACUGCUGCUCGUUGUGUAUAUGUAUGUGUGUGUGUGUGUGUGUGUGUGAUGAAAUGAAAUGCCAGGAUUGGGCUACCUCCAGGGAGAGCCUCUCCAUCCUAUAAUGUGAAGCCAGCCAGCAGCGCCGUGAGAUCAGGGAGAAGCUGCAUCCAUCAACGGGCCUCCGGAGGACCAGGCGUGAUCCAACGGGAGGGGAGAUCUUUUUUUAAAUUAUUCUUCUCUGCUGUGAGAGAAGGGAUUGUCGUCAUUCCCCCCAUCCAUCCUUUUUUGUUUCCUCCUCUGAGGUGCCCCCUCCUUCCUGCUUCGCCUCCACUCUCAUUUUCCCCCCUCAUUCUUCGAGAGGCGCUCGUUGGAAUAUCAAACCUCCAUGUAUGACAAUUUGUACCUGCAUGGAUUUGAAGACUCGGAGGCGGGCUCAGCUGAUUCAUACACUAGCAGACCAUCAGACUCAGAUGUCUCUCUGGAGGAGGAGCGCGAGGUGCCGGCUCCGGUCCAGAGCCAGAGCCCCAGCCAGAGCCAAGGACCGGGACAGAGCCCGCAGGAGAAGGAGCAGCAGGCCACCGUCCAGCUGGAGAGAGCCAAGACUAAACCUGUGGCGUUCGCUGUGAGGACGAACGUCAGCUACUGUGGCGCUCUGGAUGAGGAUGUUCCAGUGCCGGCCACCGCCAUCUCCUUCGACGCCAAGGACUUCCUCCACAUAAAAGAGAAGUUCAACAACGACUGGUGGAUCGGGCGGUUAGUGAAGGAGGGCUGUGAGAUCGGCUUCAUCCCCAGCCCUCUGAAGCUCGAGAACAUCCGGCUGCAGCAGGAGCAGAAGAGAGGACGAGUCCAAGGUAAGUCUGGAGGGAACUCUUCUUCCAGUGUAGAGGAUGAGGUUUCUGCCUCUAUCCGGCCCCUCAUAUCCUCGGCAGGAAAGCAGAAACAGAAAGUGACGGAACACGUCCCCCCGUACGACGUGGUUCCCUCCAUGAGGCCUGUGGUGCUGGUGGGACCCUCGCUCAAAGGUUAUGAGGUUACAGACAUGAUGCAGAAAGCGCUGUUUGACUUCCUGAAGCACAGGUUUGACGGCAGGAUAUCUAUCACACGAGUCACGGCAGACAUAUCGUUAGCAAAGAGGUCUGUGCUCAACAACCCCAGCAAGAGAGCCAUCAUCGAACGAUCCAACACUCGCUCAAGUCUAGCGGAGGUGCAGAGUGAGAUUGAGAGGAUCUUUGAGUUGGCGCGUUCCCUCCAGCUGGUGAUUUUGGACGCCGACACCAUCAACCACCCGGCGCAGCUCCUCAAGACCUCCCUGGCCCCCAUAAUAGUUCACGUUAAAGUCUCCUCGCCAAAGGUUCUGCAGCGGCUCGUGAAGUCCAGAGGGAAAUCCCAGAGCAAACAUCUGAACGUCCAGCUGGUGGCAGCGGACAAACUGGCUCAGUGUCCUCCAGAAAUGUUCGACAUCAUCCUGGACGAGAACCAGCUGGAGGACGCCUGCGAGCACCUGGCUGAGUACCUGGAGGCGUACUGGAAGGCCACUCACACCUCCAUGGCCACGCCCCUGAACCCCCUGCUGGGGCGCAACCUGGGGCCCACCACCCUCACCCCCUACCCCACCAGCAUCUCUGGACUGCAGCAGAGCCAAAAGAUCCGACAGAGCAACCACACGGGAGACCACUCGACCCCGAACGAGCGACGCAACCUGAUGACAUCGGACGAGAACUACCACAACGAGCGGGCGCACAAGGGACGCAACCGCAUGUCUUCAGGCUCGCAGCACAGCCGGGAGCAGCAGGACCCCUACCAGGACUACCAGGACCCCUAUCAGGAUGCAUACAAGCCCCACCGCAACCGCAGCUCUCCGGGCAGCUACAGCCACGACUCCAGACACCGACUCUGAGCAACAUCCCAUCGUCCCAUCAUCACCAGGGUCCCAAACGGCCCAGAGUCCCAAACUAACGCUGCCACAGAGCCCAGACGGUCCCAAAAAUGUUACCUUUGUGUUAAUUUGUUUUCGUCUACCUGGCUAUUUUCUCUCUUCUUAAAAAAAAAAAAAGAAAUCCAACAGAAUCAGGUGUUUUGUUUUUAAAAAAUCAAGCUGCCAGGGCAAACCCCCGUCAAUCAACAGUAGUGAAGAGCUGCAGGAUGCCACCCUGUUAGUAAUGCUGUCAAAUGAAUUCCUUUUGGGAUUGUGCUAACAGAGCUCAGCAGCGCAGAUGGAGCUCGUUGUGGUCGGGGGUCAGAUGGUGAUGGUGUUUGGGCUUCAAAAGGCCCGGGACUUGGCGCCUUGUCGGAGGAAAGUCCGCCGCACACAGACUGCUGAAAGGCUGCUGACCCAAACCCUGGGCCGUGUAUAAAUCCUCUCCAUUUAGCUUAUUGCAUGCUGAUAGAUGAUCCGCAUCCACUUCAUUGAUCUUUUGUACCUAGCAUUCUGGAUUCUCUUAUAAUGAGGUGUAGAUACGGAGGUCCAAUUUUCUAAAUCACCUGAUUUGUGCGGACAGGCGUAACGGUGGUGGGGGUUUGUGUGCAGAUGAUAUCGGGCUGCUAGUUUUUGAAAAACUGGUGCUUCACAUUCCCAAACUAUUUUGCUAAUUGAGAGUCACUUCGAGCAAGGCCAGCUUUUCUGUAGCAUAGCUUUUAGGAUUUUCUUUUGGGUGGAAAACCCUCAGUGUCCCAGCAGAAUCUGAUCACACUGUAGGACGAGGCUUCAGGCAAUAGAUGUCAGAUAGUAAAGUAAAACACAAUAGCAAAAUAGCACUUGAGAUGAGGACUCGAAGAAAAGCACCUUUUUUGUCGUUUGAUAGACUAAAAGAGCAUCUGCUGCCCACACAUUUUAUUUUGCAUUUAUUAGCAUUGAAUCAAAGUCGUUAAAACUAAAGUUCAGAUGGUGAUUGAAGCAUUGAAGUUCCUUCCUGUAGUUUUUUUUAGGGUAUUAAAAAUGUGACAUGGCAGGAUCGGUUGCAUCAUGUUCAUUCUCUGUGUAGCUGGCAUGUUGUCCUGACUGCAGAGCAUGUUCCCUCCACACGUUAAAUAAAACCCUACUGUAAGCAAGUUGAUGUUUGUAGAAGUAUACGGCACAUCUCUCAAAAAAAAAACAAGAAAAGAAAGAUGGCCCAAAUGACAGAUGAGUGAUAACCCUGAAACGGAAAGCACUGCUUUAUGUCACGGAGAGUUUAAGAGGGAUUGCAUGACUCCAAAAUGGAGGCGCCAUUGUGAUGAGAGUUUCUAAUAAUUCAGGAUCACGUUAGCAGGUAGAAAGUAAGGUUUGUGAAAGAUAACAUGGGCGAGAUGAACCCUACCCACAAUGCUUUGUGUCUGCAAACAGAGAGCUGCUGUGGUUGUUAUUAUAUUUACAUCAUCAGAUUGUGAUCUAUUAUCUCAUCUCCAGAUCACAAAGUGAACAUGAAAUAGAUGUCUUAAUAUCACAGAACAAAGGUCUUCCAUACUCCUUCCAUCUUUUUGAAAGAAAUAAGCUAACAAAAGUUGUCAUGUGGAGAUGGGACUUUUUUGAUGCCCUGCCGUUUCCGUACAAUAUUUCGUCUUAAGACACCUUACCGAAUAACGAUCCAUUAUUUUUGAUUGAUAUCACAAUUGCACAGUAUAACAGCCCACAUGAGUUCUUUAGCACGUUCAGACAAAGUGUUGAAGCUUCUCUUAACAUCGAGAGCGCUUUCCUUCUGAGAAAUAUGAUAUAGUAUAGUGAUCAUUCCCUAAAGUUUAAUUAGCUUUAAGGAUUUCUCUAACACUAUACAGAGUGUUAUUUAAAUUAAGAUUUGAGAAACUACGGCCGCUAGCAAGGCGGGACAAUGUUUGAUUUGAUAAGAGUAAUUACUUUUACUGUUAUUCUGUGAGGCAAGUCGGUAUGUGAAUGUUCAUAAAGUUAAUUCUGACUUAUAUAAUAGACAUUUAAUUAGAAAGACGACUGUAAUUAGCAAAGCCACUUCUCUAAAGUCUGCCCUGAUGUUAAAUACUGAGCAAAUGUUUUCCCAUGGUGCAAAGCAUCUCGAAAUAAUGCAUUGAUUUAAAUGUGUACGGUAUUUUCUCUUAAUAUAUCACUUUGUAUAGAUCUAGAUGAAAGGGAUAACACUUUUAUAGCACAAAGGAUUAAGCAAAAAACAAUGUGGAUCUGGUGUAAGGGCAUAGAUUAUUUACAAGUUAUUUUCUUUGCCCAUUUUUCCCGUGAAUCUCCUUCAGUGUUUGGUUCAUGGACUGAAACAUGGAGACUGCAAAUGAAAAAGAACGUGUACUGUGAAUGUCUCAUUCUGCCCCAUAGCAUGGAUCCCAUUGGUUGAUUGAAUAGGGAUCCAUUUUCCAUUCAAAUCAACCCAAUGUUGAGCUGGGCUGCUUGAGCCAAUCAGAAGGGAUCAAGUCUUUGUGAAUUCCCCUAAACAACGAUAACGCUCUCUUACAGACCAAUAAAGGGAAGUGUGUCCUGGAUCCCGACCUAUUGUCUCAAAAAGUAAUGCAUUACACAUUUUAUUUUCCAUGGAUAAAACCUCACAAAACACAGAACUUAAAGGAGGAUUUUUUGGGGGGAAAGUGUAAAACAAAAUAGGAAAAAACAAAAGAACAAAUAUUUAUUCCAGUAGAAAAGUAAUAGAUGAAUAUUUGCUGGCGAUUAUUUUUAUAACAAGUGUACAUAAUGUCUUUGAGAGAUGCUAUUCGCUGUAUACAUGUGCUGAAAUGAGACGACGAUGACCCACGUGGAACAGCAAGGUCCAGUAUACAAAGUUUCAGUAAUGUGCAAUACGAAACGGCAUGCUGUUUUAAAAUGAGGAACUUCAUGUACUGUACUAUGCAACCGCAAACUGUGUACAUCGCUUCAUGUGGCUUCUCCACCCUUCUCAAGCAGCUCCAUCUGGACUUCUAAGGGAUUUUUGUGUUUGUUUUUUUUUCUGUGGAAGAUGAAACCCUAAGCGGCUAAUGCGGUAUUGCAUGCAUAAUAUACCAUUCUAAUUUAUAAAAAGAAAAAUACAUGAAAUUGGAGGCGAUUGUGUUUAAGGCAAAGCUACAAGUGACUUAAAACAUUUCUUUUUCAAAAAUAAAAGAGUCGUUCUAAAGUUGUUGACGGUA